AGUGCAGGCCGGUGGCAGAGAGAAAAGACAGAAAACUGCACUCGAAAGGAGGGCUCGGAGUAAAAAAAAAGGAGGUAUGAGAAGCCAGAGGACGGAGGAAGGGGACGCAGAAUGAGAGAAGAAGAAGAAGAAGAGUCCCAUUCCAGCUGUGUUUCAAAAAUAAACAGAGCUGUGAGAACUUCUUCACAUUGAAGAGCUUUCCGCUGCACGCCAAGGGAACAAACAUUUACCUCUGACAUUACUUAGUCGACAUUUGCUGUUUAUUUUUAAUUAGGUUUUCAUUCAAAGUAAACAUCUUGUAGCUGGUGUCCUGGGACAAAAAUAGCACUAAGUUUCAUUUGGAUAAGAAGUUAUUUUAGCUGCUCAGCUUGUCAUUUGAAAGUUUGAAUCAUGAGUACAGAAAACUUCACUCUUAUGGACAGCUUGUUCUUUGCGCCUCUAUGCGAUGGCUGGACCAACAACACAGAGGGAGCCAUCUACCACUUGGGAAACACCAUGGUCUUCCUCGGCUACAUGGGUGGCAGCGGGGCCUAUGGGUGCCUCUUCAUCUUCGGCUUCCUCACCCCGGCCUUCCUCUGCCUGUCCCUGUGGGGCUGGAUCACCAUGUGCGGUCUGGACGUCUUCACCUGGAAUCUACUCCUGCUGCUGGCCUGCCUGGCUCAGAUCUGCCACCUCCUGUAUCGGCUACACCAGGAGGGCAUACCCAGCGAGGAGUUGUCGUCCCUCUACCAGGCCGUCUACCUGCCGCUGGGCGUCCCCGUCCAGGUGUUUAAGGACAUUGCUGCGGCCUUUGAGAACAGGGUGGUGGAGCUGAAGGCAGGAGAGACGUAUGCAGUGGAGGGGAAGACACCCAUUGACCAGCUCUCCUUUCUGCUGUCUGGGAGGUGGGGCAUGUGUGUGUACCUGCACUAACCAAUGCAAACCAAAGUGGCUGAUGAUGCAUUCCUACUCAUCUAAUUCAGUUAUUGUGCUGUUGGCUCUGUUCUGCACUAAUCUAAAACACUUUAACACAAACUAAACACUGAAAUUUGAUAAACUUUGCAAAAAUGUAGGAUGUAGCUUUCAGGUCAUUUUCAUUGUUGAAGUGAUGUUACCAACAAAAGAUGCUCCAAACUAUCAGAGCAACAAAACACUGAUGUAGCUGUUGGCUGCUGGGUAAGGUUGCUAGUGCUGUCCAUUGUCUGUAUUAACACAGACCUAAUCAGUCACUCUUACAAUUGAUUUUUGGGAUACACUAUAUCUGCAGUUUCAGGACUGUAAUUCUUCAACAGCAUCGCUGAGAUCCUUGUGUUGUUUCAGCAGUUAUGGUUAAACAUGUGGUCCCUGCAAAUCCAAUGGUGGUGUACUUUGAAGUGACAAGACCAAUUUCACACUAGGGUGUAAACAAGUUUAAUUUUGAUGUACUCAAGUAUUUUUAUAUGAGUUCCAGUGGGGCUUCCUGACAUUGGAGCCAUCCUCAAGUGGAUGCUCGAGGAUUUGCAGUUUUAUUUAUUUAUUUUUUUGCAUUUCAGUGUUGUCGCCUGCUUCCAAAAAUGUUAGUCAUAAUGAAUACUCAGGCCCGUGCAUGUCAUGAUACCACCAACUCUGACCAUUUGUUUAUUUGUUUAUUAUGAAUAGUGGAUGUGUUUCCACCUUCUGUAUUAUACAAAAAGUUAAACCUGCAUAUACAGAAGUAGCUGACACUGACGCAUUGGUGACUGUUUCAGUGCUACAUAUAUUUAAAGUACCUCACUGCCUACAAUGUUAGUGUAAGUCAUGCAUGUACAUUGUAUUGUAAAGGGGUGUUUUGGGGUACAGACCUUGCAGAAGUGAUCUGUUUGUAGAGUCUUGAUAUUGACAUCCUGCCCCUCCUACAAACCAGAACAAUUGAACUUAAAGAAAUGAUCUCUGCCAAUUGCAGAGCAGAUUCUUGUUGAGUUUCCCAGCAGACAAAUUCAAUGACUGUUUGUAUUUGUUUUAUUUCUUCUCUUCAUUCUGUCUCUACAUCCCUAAUUUUCACAACAUUAUAUCCCAUUUACACCAUUGAAUAACUUAUGAGAAUUUAAACAUCCCGACAGACAUCAGGAUGGUAAGAGCCAACUUUAACAACAGAAACCACGUGUGAGAGAAAAUUAUUUGACUUGUACAUUUGUUCAGUUUUUAAGUUUGAUACAAGUCCCACCUGUUAACAUGUAGGAGGCGGAGUCGAUGGCCUAUUCUGCUGCCAGUCAGAGGGAGGUGUUGAGGAUGUUUUGGUUUCACUUUUGGAGAUGUUUUACAGUCCAGUGUUGUUACUCGUUGAAUUGGGCUAUUCCACUCACAGCCAAAAUGGUACAAGUUAAGAUACAUGUACCAGAGCAAGUAAAACAAACCUGCACAAAGCAAAUAUGUUAGCAGGCUUGUUUAUCUAGACAUCCAGCUGACACAAAGAAAAACACUGUUUAAAAAAACGCUUUACUCUUUAGCUGCCAAAUGCUCCACUUUGUGCACCAGCUAGUUGCUAACUGACUAUGUUCGGUGCAGGAUUUGGUCACACUAAUAUCUAGGUAGUGUGAUAUUUGUUUAAUUUCUCAGGUUGUCCUAAAAAAUCACUCAUUGUUUUCUUAGGAGCUCCCACUUAACUGACCGCUGCAGAUCUGUGUUCCUAUUUCUAACUCUUUCAUGCUGUUGGCAGUCUGUAACUGUAACAGGAAGCGAAUCCCCUUCAUCCAAACAUCCUCUGAGCUGAGCUGCAUUACAUUUCACAGUCCUGGAGCCGACACAAGAGAAAUGUUGUAAACAGAGUAUUUUUGUCUGUGACUCACCGCUGUGCUGUCCCCCUGCACGCUGCCAGCUGGUCCAGCGUUAUCUCUGUAGUCGGGACGGGAGCAGACACUGACUGCUCCUUUUAAGUUAAAUUAAAUGCUGGCAGAUGACGGCUCCUGAGAGCCAAAGUUAGAACAGACAUAAAGCUCAAUAUGUUUUUUAUCCUCUCAGCUCCAAACUGUCUGGCUGUUGAAAAAGUUUGUUAUUUGUGUUUUUGUUUAUCCUUAAUGAACAGUGAGGCAGAUUGCAGAUUGUAAUUAUGCAGCAGCAUUAUUUUUCUCUUCCUAGAGUUAUUUUACAUGAUUUUCUGUUGAUAUUUCCAGUAACAGUACAUUUAAAAUUGAUAAAUAGUUUUUAUUCAACAAAACUUCUUUGAUACUUUUACUUUACUUUGGUUUUUAAAUCCUAUGCCAUAUUUUUUUUAUUUACCUACUGAUCUUUUAUGGCGACAAAACAAACAAUCGUUUAAUGAGGUAAUGUCUUCUCACAAGAAGUUUUGUUCACAGUGCUGGUGAUGCGGAUAAAUCAUAAAUUUGAGCAUAAUUAAAAAUAUGUCUGUCAAUCGUGUUUAUCAGGUAAAUUUAUGAAGUAAUGUGUUCCACCGUGUACUACCUCUUCUCAGUUUGACAAAUAAGAAUAAGAAUAAGAGAGACCAGACUUGCAGCAACCUCUCCGUUCAAACGCAUCAUUCAAAUUUGUCCUUAUUUAUUUUACUCUAUUAAAUAGUGUUGUAUUUAUUUAUUUUUCCCCCAAAAUCUUGCAAUAACAUCACUGUUGCAGAAUUUUCAUGGCCACAAAAUCUGGUAUUGUGUUAGCUCCAAUUUCCAAUCUGUUCUCAAAUAAUUGAUCUUUUCUCCUCGUGCAUUCAGAAAUAUUCUUCCAGAAAGUUUUCAGUCCUCACCCCUGGCCCUAAAGUGAUUAUGUAAAGAAGGCAGGAAAAGCAGCUUUCAACAAAAAAGAGAAGGACAAAAACAAACACAUGGGUGUCUAAAUUAAUUUCCUCAUGAGGCUUAAGCACACAGCAGAGUACCAGCUGUACAGUGACAUUUUUAGCACGGUGCUCUCCGGUAGAGUCCCUGCUACUGUCAGUGUGAAGUGAUGUGCAGGAUAAUUAACACUACAGUCUGCAGAAAAACAGCUGAUAAUUUACACUCAGAGAUGUGAAGAGUUUGCAGGGAGACUUCUAUCAGCUUUAAACUGCAGCAAACGGAGGCUCUAUUAUCUACUAACACACGUUUGUAUCACUCUAAGUAUAGAAUAUCAUUUACUGACGCUGCCAGCUUUACGAUUGUCUUUAUUUUUUAUUUAGCUUAAUAUCAAAUCAUCUUAUUUUUAUUAGUGCAAGUUGUGAGCUGUAAACAGCUUUGUCAUUGUUGUUUUUUGCAGUGAAAUGAGGAAAUGAACUCUUUUCUAAGAACAGUUUCCUGGAAAACAGAGUCUUUAGAUGUAAUCUACUGAGGGAUUCAGUGUCUAGUGUGCUGGGUUAUCUCACUCUGCGGAAGUUAUUCUUUUUAAAAUCAAACCUCCUUCUGAGGCAGGACUCUCCCGCAGCCCUGAACUAUAAUUUCAAGAAAACUGUGUCAGAAAAGUAAACUUGGCACUCUCGUUUCAUCUAAAAGAUGAUUAAUUUACGUUCUGUUUGAGGAGAUGUGACGGCUUCAGCUGGCAGGGGUAUUUACACUGAUAUUUCUCUGAACGACUCCUGCAAAGUGACCUUCAGCUCUCUAACUCUGCUCUGUUUGUCCCCUCAUACUUCCUGUCUCUCUUUUUAACCCUUUAUCUCUCUCUUGUAGGAUAAACGUAUCUUUAGAGGGCCAGUUCCUGCACUACAUCCACCGCCACCAGUUCCUGGACUCUCCAGAGUGGGAGUCUCUCAGACCGAACGAGGAGGGAAAGUUUCAGGUAUGUGUGACUCCACAUGCCGUCGAUUUGGAUGGACACAGCUUUAAUGUUUGAAUGUAACAAAUAAAUAAUUAAGAUUAAGCUUACAUGUAAGAUGUUAAAGAAGAAGUGUUGAGACUGAACAGGAAACCAGUCUUGGAUAUCAAGUUGUGUCUUAUCAGAUUAGUCAGCUGAGCAGGAGAAAGCAGUCGACUCGUUCUCUUCAGGUAUCCGGUUUUCAUUCAGUUAAAGUAGAAACAAAACCUGAAGGUCAUGUUAAACAUUCAGAGUUUUUCUCCUGACUUAAGUGAAGGAUAAUGUAUAGUAAGCCAUAGGUUAAGUGAAAUAGACACCCUUUAGAGUGGAUAAGACCCUGGUGUGAAAUCCUUACCUUUCAGUAGCAAUAAAUACUGAAUGACUCAUUGUCACGAAGGGAGAAAAAGAUUUAGUCUUUAUUUUUUAGGGUUUUGAUGCCUUAAUCAAAUAUUUUUAGAAAUAAUCAUGGCUGAUUUUUCCCUUAAGUGUCUGAGAAGCUUGUUUCACUCUUAUCUUGUCAGUUGAGUUCAAAACAACAGGCCUAUGGGUGGUUAUAAUAGUUUAGCACCUAAACUAAAAAAGAGGGAGUUUAAUGAGAUGAUGUUCUUAUCUUAUAAAUGUAUAGAUUUUAAUAAGAGAUACACAAUAAUAGCAUGAUAUUGGUAUCUGCAAAUACAAAAACUUCUGCAAAUAUAAUUGACUUCCUUAACCGCAAUGACAGCAUAUAUCAGCUGUAUAGAAGUGUUUAGAAGUGUCAGAAAUAGACAGCAGAAUGAUGAUUGACUGUCUGUAGUUAAAAAGAAAUACAUAUAUCAUCUAUGGUAGAAUCUGAUCUUGUGUCAAAACAAAUAUAAUGUCAAGUAAACUACGUUCAGGGGAAGCUUGACAUUCCUCGCUGUGAAAAGAAUUUACAGUUUAAUCUCCUGAGAAGAGCUCUCGGUUUGUGUCAGUUAUGGCGCCCCCUGUGGACGAAGCAGUCUGUACUUAACCUCUGAUGUUGAAAAAUGAAGCUGAUGCAGAAGACUGCAGUUCCUUAAGUGUCCACCUGAGGCUAACUUCAAAAGCACCAGAUGUCACAUACACACCCAUUCAAAAAAGCUCAUCUUCACAGCAAAAUCAAACAUGUUUACAGCCUGAUGCAAAAAAUGAGUCAGAAGUUUCUCAGAAUUUCCGAUAUGGUGACCUCUGUCUUUGUGCAUCACGACAACUCUUCAGGAACGGAUAAAUGAUGUCGGUGAGAGUACCUCCGUGUUUCUGCACUCUGCUCCUUUAACAUACUCAUGUUAAGGUGUUAUCUUAUAUCUUGCAGGUGACCUUGACAGCAGAAGAAGACUCCCGCUACGUCUCUUGGCGUCGCCGUCGCCUCUACAUGCUGAUUUCAAAGGAGCGCUACAUCGCCCGUGUUUUCUCCGUCAUGCUGGGCUACGAUAUCGCAGAAAAGCUCUACAACCUCAACAACAAGCUCUACAUCAAGAGCGGCGUGCUGCUGGACAUCCGCCUGCCCAGCCUCUACCACGUGCUGGCCCCCUCCUCUCAGGGCAGCGAGGGAGGCAGCGGCAGUGACAGCGGCUUCAACAAGGAUCAUCAGGGUGAAGAUCCAGCACCAGCCUACCAGACAUCAGAUCCAGCUCAGUCUCAGCCUCAGGGACCAAGAAAGACACCACAGGAUGACACCAAGCCCCCCCAGCACGAUCGCUAUCCCAACCCCUGGGCGUCAGAUCCGGACCUGCCCUCUGGUGAGGACUCCACCAGCCUGGUCCUGGAGGACUUUGCUGAUGUGGCGGGCUCCUUAAUGGAUUAUGGCAGUGAGAGGGAUUAUUUGAGGUAGAGGGGGCAGGGUGCUGGAGCUAACACACUGGGUCACCACUUAAGCUACAUGUAAGUACCUCACCUGGGCAGAAGGGGGCGUGGGGGAGCUGUGUGUGCAUGGAUGGCUUGCAGUGCACAUUUCUUACUAACCUGGCUUUAUGAUUUUAUAAGGAGAGUGAGGGGUGGGCGAGAAGGCAGAAAUCCUUUAGUGAGUUACUUUUAACAGGCAGAAACCUCCAGCAGAACCAGAACGCAGACUCUUUUUAGGUCAUACAUAAUUUUUUUGCUUAUCCAUUGAAUUAUCAUUAAACUUGCACUAAAAAAACAGCUGAAUCACUCAAAACAGGAUUCUGUCUGUGUGCACUCAUUAGUGAUGUCUCGUGUUUUUGUUUUUAAGGCAUAGUUGACGAUCUACGAAGCGGUUGAAAAAACUGGGCUGUUUGCAAAUUUGAAAAAGCGUCCCACCCCCCACACACAAACCUCUCCCCUCUGUGCUCCAUGACAACUUCCCCCUGAACCUGUAUCGUCCUCCCCACGACACACCCCCAACAGAAGAUCCUACGCUAGCUUCAAAUAGGAUUCACCAUGUCGGAUUGCUAGCGACUAGCGGCAGUAAACACCAGGUCUGCUAGCGAGCACCAACUGCCCUUUCUUCUCUCAGCUUUCGUUUUCUUAGGCAGAAGUAGGUUUUUUUGGCUUCCUUCUCCAUCACAGCUCUUGUAGCUAAGCUGCUACGCUACUUUUGGCCACUCAGAGCUCCGAGGAGGGCCGGGAGAGUGGGAGGGGAUGAGUCGGAACUAUGAGAGAGGGGUGUGUCGAAUACAGCGAGGUGAUUGGAUGGAGAGGUGGAGCAGGAGAGUGACCAAUAGGAGCUGUCCGGGAUGGAUGGCUCCCAUUGGUCAAUGUUUUUGCAGCCCUGUACCUGCUAGGGUGAAUGGAUUUUUUCAAUUUUUUUAACUUUUCUCUUUGUGUAGAUGGCACUAUAGGACCAUGAUCGCCAUAUAAACAAGGUUCAUAAUAAUUACCAAUUGCUCCAAUCGUCAACCAUGUCUUUAAUAUUGCUGCAUCUCAGUGGGUCAAGUGCCCAUGUAGCCCUUCUUUACAGUGAGUUACUAUCAUUGCCACUUUCACUGGGUCUGCAAUGAAGGCAUGCUUGGAAUAAUGCUUUGUCUCUAGCCAGUGGUGGAUCGGACGAACUUGGUGCAACAUCUGUUUGUACCAAUAAAGACCAAAGUUUUUGGUUGCAUUUCUGUAUUGAGAAGUGUUUGCAUGGUGCAUUGGAAACAUUUUUAUAGGGGUUACAUUGCUGUCACCUCUCUUUGUGCAGCUAAAUGCUGUUAUUUGUCUCGUUUUUUGUUGCUCUGCUGACUGAACUCUGAGGCCUGCACCAUUGCCUUCCCUCACCCCCACACUCAGAGCAUCCAUGGGCUUGAAAAAAACAUAGGGGCAUCUUUCGCUCGCUUGUAUAUGUUUGAAGCAGAGGUGAGUGCUUUGAGAAGAAGUGAAAGCUUGGAGCAACUUCUUACUGUACACAGCGAUGAGGAAUUUUCCAUAAAUCGGAGGAUCACGCCUUGGCCGUGGUCCAAUGAUGGUUGGUGUGGUUUAUUUUAAGAGCAAUGAUUUAUUUUGACAAGAAAUCAGACAAAUACACAAAGUAUGACUCUCGCAGUGCAGCAGCUGUCUUGUUUGUUUUCAGAAAUACCUCAAAUGCACUUAAAUCCUCUCCAUAUUACAUGGAUGUUUCAGAUUGGCCUUACAUGAAUCAGGCUGCAUGGAAAUCUGUUUGAAAAUGAGGAAAUCUGAACCACAUCUGCCAGAGCAAAUAAAACAUGAGCAGAUUUGUCUUGUUCUCAGGCUAGAAUCACGGUCCAGCCUUUGCUGUUAUGUAAUUAGGUUUUCUGGCUCUUUUCCCCUUUGUUUUUCAUAUCUCAUCACAAUCUGCCUCUGUUUUUGUCCUCUUUCUGCACCCAAGAGACUGAAUCAAAUGUUUUUAACGGUAGAAGAAGUUGAAGUUUGAUUUGUGGCCUUUUUGACGUUGGAGUAUCUGGAUUAUUAGUUCUUAUAGUCAAUAUUGAGCAGCUGAGAUUAAUUAAAUGCAGAUCUAAGAGAGACCUGAGGAGAAACAGUUUAGCAUCAAAUGAACGGAGAGUUUGAGGACAGCUGAUGUCCAGUGUGAAACUGUAAUUUCUUUGUGUUUUGUAAGAAGGGGUCCGACAGCUGUUUCCUCUCUGAUGGAGAUUACAGUUUGGAAAUUUAGGGGAUGUCCAAAAUAAAUUCAGUGCCAUGUUAUUAAUCCAGUGUGCCCACCCUGUAAGCACCCUGUCUGUUAAUUCCUUCAUCCUCUCCUCUGCCCCGCCCUGUAUGCCUACUAUCCCUAAAUCAGCCCUCGGCCAAUCAGGAGUGGAGGAUCGUGUUUCAUCGCCACUCAGUGACGGGGUCAGCGCAGGGUUUGGGUUGCAGGGGCUGAAUCUACAGAUGACAGCUGUAACAUGACUUCAGUGCAGCGUGCAGACUCAGACAAAGAGGACGAGUAACAUACAGUAGUUCUUAAUUACAGCAUGUCUUUAGUAUUUCAAGCAACUUUACACACCAAGACUUUUAUAUUCUGAAGAGCAAUGCUGCACUUUUAGGCAUUUAUCUGACAGCUGUAUGUAUUUAUGAUCUCUCUCAGUGAAGCCACUUUUAGGACUUUCAGCAGGUUAUGUAGCAGACUAACAUAAAAAGCUUUUAAUGAUGCCUUAUACGACCUAAAUAGCAACCAGGACUACCAGUGACAAGAUUAAUGACUUUUAUUCUGAAUCCUGCACCUGCUGCAAGUAGGUAGGUGUUAGAUGAGUCAAUGUACAGCACACACAAACGGCUUUAACGUUUUUCUACAGCAAAUCAUCAAACUGAGUGAUUUAUUUCACUUUAUUCAAAAAAAAGCUUAGAAAACAUGUCAUAUCAGCAAAGGUUUAAGAGGUACGAACUCGUCCACAGGGGGCGCCAAAUCUAAACAAACGAAAAUAUACAUAUGAUACAUCUGAUAUCAUGAGAGAGGACUCUUUUCUGUUAUGUACUUUUUAGGUGAAUCUGGCUUAAAUCGAAUCUUGUAAAGAUUUUUUAUUGUUCCUAGAAAUUGGAGAAACACUUGCUGAGAUGUAAGUUUUUGCAGUGAGGAGGUGCCAAAGUUCAUCCAAAUGUAGAUUUCCUCACAGUAAUGCUGUGUCGUUUGUGAAGGAUUCAUUCAAAAGUGCCGUGUCUUUUAAGUGAAUGUCCUGAACAGAAUCACUUCCUAAAGUGAUUUAUUCGUUUGCCACUUCAGUUGAGCUGUCAGCAGCGCAGCUGGUAUGGCACGCAGCAUUGCCAGGCAAGCAGCCAGGGAACAAUGGACUGCGUGCACCGACGCCUGAAUCACUUGGUAAACAAAUCAUGCAUUGAACUACACUCUCUGGAAUCAUUUUUUCAGGCAAAACUAUUUCUUUUUUUUUAUUAAUGCUAAAUUUCCACCACAACAACUUUCAUACAAUAGGACACAGCAUGUAACAAGUAGUGCAUAAGAGCUGCAGCAUCCUAUCAUUGCAGCGGUUUGCGAGGGAACAAUGUAUUUUCAGUGUGAAUUCUUCUAAACGUUCAGUGAACGAAUCACUCACUGAGCCCAUUUACCGAGCAGACCAUAAGACAGUACACUUAGAACAUCAUGACGUCUUAACAAGUUCAUUUUUAUAAACCUGUUUGCCAAAGCAACACAGCCAAACACUCUCGACUCCCAGUCCCAGAAGCUAUGAUCUGAACUGAGUCCGAAUCUUUUGAACGAAUCUUUUUAGUGAACUGAUUCUAGUGAUUCAUCUAAAAGUACCUCACAGCAGCUUCAAACUGUUGCUUUGAUAUGAAUUGGCACAAUGACACUUUCUGUCUGAAGCUGUUUGGCUAAAUUUCAGCUGGUCUGUGCAGAUUUCAGCUUGCUGACUCAUCAGUAUACUGAGGAGAAUUAUACAGUGUCAGCUCUGCUACAGCUCUGUCUUUAUGGAGCACCUGUUUAAGUUUGUAGUCUUUGCUGUGGUGUUUGCUAGCGUGACUCUGAAUGUGACUCUUUGCUGCAUGUCUCCCCCCCUCACUGCUCCCCACAUUUUCUGUCUCUCUUCAGCUGCUUUAUCUAAUAAAGGUUAAAAAAAAAAAAAUCUCUGCCAUUAUCCAUCAGGUCAGUGUAAUGACACGCUGCUGUGUGACAUAAACUUUCUCCUAACUUGUUCUCUGUUUUGACUCUGCAGGAGGUGAUGGUGAGGGAAAUCUACCACCUCGAUUCCAGAGAGGCAGAGCGCCGCUUGCUCCCACUGACACCCCCAAACUGUGAGGACGGUCUCUCCUGGAAACACUUUAAUAUUUAGAGUAGAGAAGUAUGAAUGUGUCACAUGUCACCUGGAAUGACUCUGUCUCCUCCUCGCUCUCACCUCGGUUCACAUCUGCAUUUGACAUGUGAUCUUUAUAUUCUCUCAGUACAGUUUGAGUGAAAGACAAAUGAUAGAUAUUGAUAGAUAAAAUCAAUGUGUGGGGCCAAUGUUUUUAACCUUAUAGAAAUGAUUAGAGCAUUUAAAGGCUGAAAUCCAUGUUCUGUUUAUCUAAAACAAAAGAUUUUAAGCCUUUAAGCCUCAUUUACGACUCUUUAAUCUCUUUAAUCUGCUUGAAUUUCUGAAUGAACGUUGAACUCACUGCAUGUAUUUGUUUCAAGUCAAAUCAUUAAUUGUCAAAAAUACCUGAAGAUUUCCUUUAUUUGAUCUGUUUCUGUUUCUAAAGUAAACCAUCUGUCUGAGUAAAGACUGAAACUUUGACUUUCAAAGUGUGGCCUUCUUGAAUCUCCUUUCUUGCUAUUCAUCGAUGUUUUAAACUACUGUUUUUUAUUUUACAUGUUCAAAAUAAAGACAUCAAUCAGUCAGUCAUAUAGCCUUUAAUAAUGAAAUGUCAAACUCUGAGUUAACUCAUUACUAAGGACGGUUUAUUUACCAGCACAAUAAAUGGUAUAAAUGUAAUUUUUUCUGUUUCAAAAAUGAAUCUGUGGUUAUUUUUCUCACAUUUUUGAUGAUAGAGGAACAACUACAACUUUUCUUUUUAUGGUAAAAUGUUAAAAUAGAGUUUUGGUUUUACUAUUUUGCAAAUCACUUUAUUUUAAAAAACUUCCAACUCUAAAUAUCUGACAAGGGAUGAUUUUGAAUCAUGUUUGCAAUCAGAAAAACACAAAAUGUGAUGUUAUUUUGAGUUGAAUUGCACCAAUUUCGUAAUCCUUUCGAUGUUUGGCAAAAAAAAAUUGUUUUGCAUUGUCAGAAAAUGAUACAGUUUUCCCUCCUUUUCAAUGUUAUUUCAACAACAUAAUUUUUUUUUCACCUGAACUCACCAUGAGUGGUUUCAGUGUCAAAAAUAUGUACUGCAUGACAGUCUUCUUCUUCCUCUUUGAUAACAUAAUGAAUGCCUGUAGCCCAUGUCUUUGUACAUUUUUUGUACCUGACUGAAAACUGAAUACACACCUCUAUACUGUGAAUUUUAUGAAUGGUCUGUUAUUACUGCUGUUUUAGAUUUAAGGCUAAAAUGAAUGAAGUUGAGUGUGUAGAAGUAUUUUAACGGGGGGCCAAGAUUUCACCAUAAAGCUCUUCGUGUGCUGUGAAAA